GGAAAAAACUUACAAGGAAACAACCGUCAACGACUUGCGCGGAGUCCACUACCUCAUCGGCUCGCGUUCCCCGUUCCCCCACCCACGCACCCCCAUCCCAUGGCGAACGCAGCGGCCGCGGCCGCGUGCGCCGCCUCCGACGACUUGUACCUGCAGGAGCUCAUCCGCGGCUCCGUGCCGGGCCCGUCGUCAUCGCGCGCGCGUGUGGCGCCGCUGACCGAUGACGAGAUCGGCUGGUUCUGCUGCGGCAUCUGCACGGAGAGGCGGCUGGUGCUCGAUCGGUUCCGCGCCGGCGGCUCCGUCCUAGACGCGCGCUGCGCGCACGACUUCUGCAUCGAGUGCGUCGUCCGGUACAUCGAGGGCCGCGUCGCGAACGGCGCGGUGCCCGUGCCCUGCCCGGCGCCCGAGUGCCGCGACGGCGUCAUGCACCCGGAGGCGUGCAAGAAGCUGGUGGACAUCGACGUGUUCGACGCCUGGUGCGUCGCGCUCUGCGAGCGCGCCGUGGGGCCCGCCCGCGCGCGGUGCCCCUACAGGGACUGCGGCGAGCUGGUGGCACUGGAGGCCGCCGACGGCGGCUUGGUGUCCGAGGUGGAUUGCCCCACGUGCUCCCGCGCGUUCUGCCUGCAGUGCGAGGAGCCGUGGGACGAUCGCCACGGAGGCGGCAGUGGCGACGGCCGAGGAGGGUGCGUGCUGGCCGGGCUCGCCGUCGGGAACAAAUGGACGCGCUGCCCGAGCUGCCGCGCCAUGAUCGACAAGAUCGACGGGUGCAGGCGCAUGGUGUGCAGAUGUGCAGGUGUGGCACUAGCUUCUGCUACGUCUGCGGCUCCCCUGUGUCAGAGAAAGGUUCCCGUUGCAGGUGCUUUUUCGGCAAAAGAGAGGACCCUGCUCUUACUCUGCAGAAAGCAGGAUUGGAAUGCAAGUCAGGCGUGUCGAUCGACAAAUGUUAAUCGGCGGAGUUAUAGUUAUCCAUUGCUUAUGAUGGUUCUUCUUGGUAGGGAGAGCAAGAGCAAGACUGCAGAUUUACAGCCAUAGAUGUCUGAAACAGGUUUCAGAACUACAGUAGUAUUGAGGACAGCUUGUGUUGUGUGUGACAUGUUCUGUGAAUUGUCUUUGCUCUUCAGUGGCAAUGCCACUGCCAGUCUGACACCCACACAUUUUCCAUUUGAGAAUGCCAUUGCUAUUCGUGCAUCA